UCUAUAAAGUUUAUUAAUUCUGCAUUGGAUAACAAAGUCGCGAUCCAUUCGUCUGCGAAAGCUGAACGUAAAAUGAAAUCGUAUCUGUUGCUUUCCUUCUAUGCUGGAUUUGUGGUUGUUCGAGCUUUUACUACGCACGGAUGGAAAAUCGAAGACCACUACUGGAGGGACUACACGGGGCAGACUCCGUCCGAUGCACUUGAAGCCGGAACUGAUAAACAUGGCCUACCAAUUUUCAUCGGUCAAGCGUUUAUCAAAGACAUCGGCUUGCUACCCGUAACAAUUUACUCGCAGGCGUCCACGGUAGAAGCAACGGCGUGGGACAAAGUUUUCUCGUUGGACAAAAACGUAAAAAUACUUUGCUCACAGAAUCCAGGCGAAUAUCGCUGGGUACCGACGAAAAUUGAAAACAUGCACCUGCUAACGCAUUGUUCUCUCGUACCAGGAGGCACGGAAACGGAAACGACGUUGUACAUAGGACGCGUAAUUCACGAUAUGGAGUUAGCGAUUGGCAAGGUGUAUCCCAAUUUUUCACAGUACAAAGGAUUAGGCCUUCCGCAUAAUGGAAAGCAGGCCACCUACUAUAGUUUUGAGGUUUUCGCUCACAAUUGUACAGUUAACAAGAAUAAUUGUGUUUAAAGUGAAGUUAGUGCCUGUUGAUACGCUUUCUGUUGCACUAAUAUUUUUUUAAUUGGAGGAAGCAGUCGUAAGACUGAGUGGCCACAUUACUCCGCUAAUUGGUGCACACGCUACACCUAUG